AUGUUCAUGCAGGGGUUGCAGUCGUGGAUUCUUCGGAAUGAUGGGAGCGAUGCGGAUACGAGGGCCGCGCUGGUUGAGUUUUUUGGAUCUGGUACGACAACUUUUCUCACGCUUCUGGCGUGCGUCACUGGUGGAGUAGACUGGAGGGACGUGUCGAGCGUGCUGUUGAGUCUGGGCCCUUUCCACGCGUGGUUUUUCGUGCUGUUCAUUGUGUUCACAGUGCUCUGCGUCUUGAACAUUUUGAAUGGUGUUUUCGUAAAUGCCGCCAUCGACUCUGCCCAGACGAACAAGGAGCUGGCCGUGGAUAGAGCCUAUCAUAAGAAGGUCGCUAUGAUAGAGCAGAUGGUGCAGUGGUUCGUCGAGGCGGACAAAGACCGCUCGCGCACCGUGUCGUGGCAGGAGCUGCGGAAUCUGCUUGCAGAUGAUACCGUACGUGCGUUCUUGCAUGCUAACAACAUCGACCUCGCAAGCGCCGGUCACAUCUUCUUACUCUUGGACCGGCAAGGUUGUGGGGAGAUCAGGCCCGAAGAGUUUGUGGAUAACCUGAUCACACUGCAGGGCGAAGCCAAGGCCAUCGAUUUGGCAUCGCUCCAGAUGGUGUGUGAGGACAGACAUGGCGCAGCGAGUCAUCGAGAUCGAGCAGGCGCUCUUCGACGGCCUCGGCCUGCGGCCUGCCGCCACGGUCUCGAUCGACGCGUGACGGCCUCGCCUGACGCGCCCGUCGGAUACGGAAGGGGCUAG